UUUGGUUUUGUUUCGCAGCUUCGACAUCGCCGGCCGCGUCACCGGGUUCGGCAACCCGGACUGGGCGAGGACCCACGCGCCCGCCGCCGCCACUUCCCCCGUCGUCCUCGCUGCGCUCGCCGCCGGCCCCACAGCCUCGGCACCACUAUUUCUUGGCCGCAACAACGCAGCAUCUAUGGGGAGAACGCGCGCGACGGCACGCCGACCAACCCAUGCGCCCCCGGCAGUGUCCCCGGCGGAUCCUCCAGUGGCUCCGCCGUCGCCGUCGCCGUCGCCGCCAACCUCGCCAACCCGGGCGUCGUGCUGCGCGCCAUGCUCGCCAAGAAGGAGGAGCUGGCCGCGGCCGGCAACAUUGGGUCCGAUCCCUACAAGAGGCGGCGGAUCGGGGCCGACAUAGGGCACGGUGGCGUGGGGACUGGCGGCGACAUGGCCGAGAUGGCGCAGAGCAGAGGCAACCCGGACUUGAAGGGGGCAAUGGGCAGCCGAGGUACACGGCGGCAGUCGCACUGGCGUUCGUGGCGGCGAGCCUCGGGAAGGGAGGGUGGCGCGGCGGUGGAGGGGGGAGGUGGGUGGCGGCGCUGUUCCGGCGUGGGUCGGUGGAGAGGUCGUCGCUGCAGCGGGUGUUCGGCGACGCCACGCUGCGUGACACCGUCGCGCCGCUGCUUCGCCUUCCGCCUCCGCGACGUCUGCGCCGCGACGUGCGCCGGCGGGGCCACCGCCACAGCCGUCCGCUCCGUCGACGGGCGCACGGCCAUCGCCGCGGCGUCGGCCGGGGUGGCGGCCAUGGGCAACCCCACCGCCGCCGCCAUCACCCAAGUCCUCCACAACAAGUAGGAGUUCCCCCUCGCCGCCGGCGUCGACGACCUCCUCGUCGUCUCCAUCGGCUCCGGCUCCUCCUCCAGCGCCGCCCCUUCCGCCACCCCGUCCUCCAGGGGCCUGUUGCUGGGGUGGUCGGCGAGGCCGACACGGAGGUCGCGGCCGCGCAAGAGGUGGCCGUGGAGGUUGCGGGUCAUCCCGUCGUGGCGUCGUCCCGGCGGAUGGCGAGGCAGGGAGAAGCGGGGCACACCGUCGAUCCGGCGGCGGAGGAGGAGGAGGACGCCGGACACCGCGCCGCGGCUGGAUCCGGCCGUGGAGGAGGAGGAGCCGAGGAGGACGCCGACGACCACCAUGCCCGCCGGCCGCCGCGCGCUCGCAAAGAGAAGUAAAAAAAGUUGAGAAAAAAGAAAGGGAAAGACAGAGAUGACGUGGCACGCCGACACAUGGGUCCUAUGCAGGGUCCCACGCUCACUCAGCCGCCACGUAGACCAAAACCGGGGUCAAAACCACCGAAGGACCUCGGGUGACCGGUUUUGUAUAGUUAAGGGACCCCGCGUAUCUGGUUUUGUGGUUUGAGAACGUUUUUUAUUCCGAUGACAAGUUGAGAGA